GUUAGUGAUCGCUGUAGCAUGGCUUGGAUGUUAGAGGUUGCGCGCUUGCCCCUCCCGGGCGGAGGUGAAGUGUAAUAAACGGUGAAGUACUUCCUGGCCAUAGGGCACCUGAAGCCGCGUAGUCUCCGCGACGAGAAAUUGGAGAACCUGAUCCGCAGGCGAAUCCAGCCUAGCUAACGGAGCAGGCGGUGCGCCACCCUCCGGUUUGGCGGGCGGCUUGGAAAACGCAGAGGAGUCGGUGUAUCUGUGGCACGGCAGUGGGUAGCUCCCUGACGGUUCCUGCAAAAAACGUCCUGGAGCCCUCCGCCGCUUGAGCAGAGGUUGCAUGCCAGCCAGUGCACUCUCCCUUUCCUUUGCACCCACGUGCAGUCCCGGACUGGAGAAGGGACAGCGGUUGCUUUGAGUUCUCAACCCCUAUUUCAUUCUAUCUUACGGUGCACAACUUAAUGAGAGGUGAUUCCUGAUCAGCUGGGAACUCGAGGAUCUAAAAGGGGCCAUAGGAAAUGAUCUACAGUAUAAAAUCCAGAAGCAGAACUUGAAGGAUUAACUACUGACCCAUUUCCCAGAAUGUUUCAUGUACUUUGAGGACCAAAAGAUGGAGUUGGUUUUUAUCUUUAAAAACAUAUUGUCAAUGAUCUGAUACAACUAUCACUCGAUGAAGAUGCAUGGACCUGUCUUUUGGUUGGACUAGUGGUCAUUUAUGACAGUUUCUUCAACCAGUUUCUAUUUGAAAAUUCAAACAUCAAAGAAUAUUGGGUUAAACAUGGCAUAAUGUUGUGAAGACUACAGAUUUCAUAAAGACUACAAUUGGAUUCCAGGAAUAUUCUCCAAUCAAAGUGAUUGAUAUCAAUCUUUUGAUAACUUAAUUUUGAAGAAUUUUAUAUUAACAAACAACUUCAAAAGAUGGAAGAAAAAAAUGGUGAUGCAAAAACUUUCUGGAUGGAACUGGAAGAUGAUGGAAAAGUGGACUUUGUAUUUGAAAAAGUGCAAAAUGUGCUACAGUCACUUAAGCAGAAGAUCAAAAAUAGGUCUGCCACAAAUAAAGAAUAUAUACAAGCAAUGAUUUUAGUGAAUGAAGCCACUAUAAGUAACAAUUCAACAUUAAUAGAGGAUCAUAAGUCUGUGACUUGGAAUGAACUAGAAAACAAAUCAGAUGCAUUUUCCUCUACAUCAUAUGAAAACUUCUUCUCACCAGCCUGUACAUUUCUAUCUACAGAAAAUAAGGAAAUUCUCCCUCUGGAAAAUAAAGUUAUAGACUUUAGGGGGGAAAAGUCAUCUUUGAAUUUAUCUUAUCAAAGUCAUGGUUGUUCUGGUGCCUGUCUGAUGAAAACACCACCACCUUUCAAGGGAGAAAACCCUCUACAGCUACCAAUCAAGUGUCACUUCCAAAGACGACAUGCAAAGACAAAUUCUCAUUCUUCAGCACUCCAUGUGAGUUAUAAAACUCCUUGUGGAAGAAGUCUACGAAAUGUGGAAGAAGUCUUUCGUUACCUACUUGAAACAGAGUGUAACUUUUUAUUUACAGACAACUUUUCUUUCAAUACCUAUGUUCAGUUGACUCGGAAUUACCCAAAGCAAGAAGAAAAUGUUUCUGAUGUGGAUAUUAGCAAUGGAGUGGAAUCAGUACCUAUUUCUUUCUGUAAUGAAAUUGAUAGUAGAAAGCUUCCACAAUUUAAGUACAGAAAGACUAUAUGGCCACGAACAUAUUAUUUAAACAACUUUUCCGACAUGUUCACUGAUUCGUGUGACUGUUCUGAAGGCUGCAUAGACAUAACAAAAUGUGCAUGUCUCCAGCUGACAGCAAGGAAUGCCAAAAGUUGUCCUUUGUUAAGUAAUAAAAUUACCACUGGAUAUAAGUAUAAAAGGCUACAGAGACAAAUACCUACUGGCAUUUAUGAAUGCAGCUUAAUGUGCAAGUGUAAUCGACAAAUGUGUCAAAACCGAGUUGUCCAACAUGGUCCUCAAGUGAGGCUACAGGUGUUCAAAACUGAGAAGAAGGGAUGGGGUGUACGCUGCUUAGAUGACAUCGACAGAGGGACGUUUGUUUGCAUCUAUUCAGGAAGAUUGCUAAAGAGAGUCAAUCCUCAGAAACCUAAUGCUGUUGAUGAAAAUGGAAAAGAAGAGGAUGUUAUGAAAAAUAUAUUUUCAAAAAAGAGAAAAAUGGAAGUUGCGUGUUCAGAUUGUGAGGUUGAAGUUAUCACAUUAGAAUUGGAAAAGCGACCUAAAAGUGCUGAAACUGAGGAAUAUCUACCUAAGUUUAGUAGUAAUUCAAACAAGCCCAUUAUAGAGAUGAACUAUAACAACAUCUCAAGAACUCAGUAUCAUUCAGUUAUUAGAAGUCCUAAAUCCAAGACAGCCAUUUUUUCACACAAUGGGAAAAAGAGAUUUGUUUCCUUAGAGUCUGCCACCUCAGAAGAUAAUGAUGGAUUUAAACCAGCCCAAGCACAUGUGAACUCUAAAACCAGGGGAGCACAAAAGAACUCAAGAUUCAACCAAAUUGAAGAUUCUGAGGACAAUCAGCUGAUUGAAUCAGAUGUAAUAGAUAUGACUACAUGUAGAGAAGAAACUCUGCCAGGGGGCAGAUGUGACCAGGCAACCACAUUGGAUAAUGAAAAUGUUAAAGAGUUUGAGGUUCAAAUAAAAAAGCCCCAAGAGGAAGAAUCUCCAGUGUGUAAAAACCAGCAGGUUUAUCAUGAUGAAGAGUUGACAAGUGAUACCAAGAAUACUUCAUCUGAUUCUCUAAUGAAGUCCAGUAAAAGCAAUGUUUUUUUACUGGAUGCCACAAAAGAAGGAAAUGUGGGCCGUUUCCUUAAUCAUAGUUGUUGCCCAAAUCUCUUGGUACAGAAUGUUUUUGUAGAAACACGUGACAGAAAUUUUCCAUUGGUGGCAUUCUUCACCAACAGGUAUGUGAAAGCAAGAACAGAACUAACGUGGGAUUAUGGUUAUGAAGCUGGGACUAUGCCUGACAAAGAAAUACUCUGUCAAUGUAUCUUUCAGGUUGCAGAAAAGAUGGAAAAAAGGACAUGUGCACUCUGCCCCAAAGAUCUCGAGUAUAGUGUCCUGUACUUUGCACAAUCAGAGAAUAUAGCUGCUCAUGAAUGUUGUUUGCUGUAUUCUUCAGCCCUUGUGGAAUGUGAGGAUCAUGAUCCACAUAAUUGUGAUAGAAAUUUUGAUGUGGAAUCAGUAAAGAAAGAAAUCCAGAGAGGAAGAAAGUUGAAAUGCACAUUGUGUCAUGAAAGAGGAGCCACCGUGGGAUGUGACUUAAAAACUUGUGCCAAGAACUACCACUUUUUCUGUGCCAGAAAGGACAACGCAUUUCCACAGGCUGAUGGAGCUCGAGGGAUUUAUAAGGUGUUAUGCCAACAUCAUGCUCCCAGAUCACCAACCAAUGCUCAGAGUGCUGAUGGAGUAAAAAGAAAACGAGGAAGGAAGAAAAGACUCCCAACAGGCAUUCAUGUACCGCAACCCGAGACGACAACGUUCAAUAGAUUCAUAAAACCAAUGAAAGAAAAGAACAGCGGCUACCCAGAUGCAAUUGUGAAAACACCUUUUCUUAAGAAAUGUAAGGAAGCAGGACUUCUUAAUGACUUAUUUGAAGAAAUAUUAGAUAAACUUCAUUUGAUUCAAGAAAGACUCAUGGAUGAAACUACUUCAGAAUCAGAGUAUGAAGAAAUUGGGACUUCACUUUUUGACUGUAGAUUGUUUGAAGACACAUUUGUAAAUUUUCAAGCAGCAAUAGAGAAUAAAAUUCAUGAAUCUGAAGAAAUGCGGCAGCAGCUGAAGGAAGACAUUGAGCUACUUCAGGAUUUAAAACAAACCUUGUGCUCUUUUCAAGAAAACAGAGACCUCAGGUCAAGUUCCACUUCAGAAUCCUGUCUGUCUUCCUAAAGACCACCAUUUCUUAAGCCAGUGGUCACGUGAAACUGCAAGUAGCCCCUAAACCAGAAACCCAGCCCAAGAGCCACACACCUUCAGCCCAUCCCUCUCUGGGGCCCAGACUAUAUCCCCACCAGCUCUUAAGCUCUUGCUGAUUGGCUUUUUGCCCACUGGAUGGGACUCAUAACAGUUUUCCACUUAUACUGAGAUUACUUUUCCUUCAUACUACUUCCUAGUUUAGCUACAUCUCACUUCACACCAUGAGAGUAUAGGAUCUCUGAUAGCAGAAAUGAUUUCUGUGGUUUCUCACCAUUAUCCUGCUGUUUUGCUCACUGUCAUAUUCCCAGCACUUAGUCUGCUCAAGAAACAUUGGUACAAUAAAUGCAUCAAAAUCCAUAAUUUUUGAGACUAGUUUCAGCCCAUAAUGGCUCUCAGAUAGUAAUAGAUAUGUAUGUACCACUUAUACCAGAUUUACCUGUCUUCAUGUCAGUCUGCUUUUUAGAAAUCUCUUUUCAGCCAGUUAUUAUAUGACCAUUUUAUCAUCUCCUUUUAAAUUUGUUCUUUUUAGUUAUUCGUGACAGUAGCAUAUAUUUUGACAUAUCACACAUACAUGGAGUGUAACUGCCAUUCUUGUGGUUGUGCAUGAUGUGGAGUCAUACUCGUCGUGUAUUCACAUGUGAACAUAGGAAAGUUAUGUCCAGUUCAUUCUACUGUCUUUCCCAUUCCCAUCCUUCCCUCUUCCCCCAUUCCCCCCUGACCAUUUAUCAUUUUUGAAACACCAAAAUCUAUAAAGUGAGGCUAUUACUAAGAACAGAAGUGGGAAUAUAUAAGAAUGAAGAAAAAUAAUAGUUAAAAAGUUUUUUUCAGUCUAACAAUACACAAUUCAGAUUUUUGUGCCCAUACCACCACUGACUGCUGUCAUUCUCCCAUUUAUGGUUCUAAAUCCCCUGACCUUUUUUGGGGAGGAUGGUGUGGGGGGCAAAUACUGGGCUAAUGCAUGCUGGACAAGCAGUCUAGCUCAGAGUCACAGCCCCAGUUCCCUACACACACACACACACACACACCGUUUUUUUUUCUGAGACAGUCUUGCAAAAUUUACCCAGGCUGACCUUGAAUCUGCAAUCCUCCCACCUCAGCCUCCCAGGUGGCUGGGAUUACAGGUGUGUGCCAUCACACCGGACUGAAGUUCUCUGAAUCACUACAAUGCUGCAUGUCAAAAUGGGUUUGAAUGGAGUCCCCUAAGCAUAAGUAAUCAAAAACAUCUAUUGAAGAAAGAUUAUGAAAUAGACAGAAAAAGACACUCCAUUCCCAUUUUAAUGGCAGGUCUAGUCCAAAUCAUUACCUAAAGGACAAAAGACUAAAUAAAUCAGUGGUUUUAAAUCUAGCUACAUACUGGAAUCAGCUGGGGACCUUUUAAAAAUGCAGAAGCCAAGAUUCCAUCUGAGCCUUGCUGAAUAAAGACUUCCCCUGGUCUAGAUGAGAUUAAUGUUAGCUUCCUGUCCCACUAUGACAUCUUAAAGCAAAGCUUAUGUGACUAAUGAUUUUAAAGUCAUGAUCUUUAUUAAAAAGCACUGUCUCUACUUUCAAAUUUAAUCUGUCACUCACAGUAGGUCAUUUGGCACAAUGGAGCAUCCUAUAUUUGGGGGUCAUAAAGUCAGCAACUGCUAAAACAGACCUGAGGGUGCUUCCACCCUGUCAUUACUAAAACACCGUAAUCAAAUCACUGAAUAGAUCUGAGCCUAAUUUCACUUCAUGAGACAAAACGUGACCACUAAAUAAGAAAAGGUAUGAAGCACAGGGCACCGUGCCUGGCAUUUGGGUGAUAAUUAUUGACUAAUAGUCACUGGCUUAUUAUCUCCAUUUUAACCAAAUAAACUUGCUUAUGGUAAGUUCUAGAAGGUUCAUUAGCCCCCAACCUCUUAAGCAUUUGCUCACGCCACUUAUGCCUGUUUUAGAAAUGAGCUAAAAGCACCAUUUUCCCCUCUUCUGCACAGACCAUCCUUGUUCAGAACAACUGCUUGUCAUAUCAACCCUAUUUGGUUUUUUUUCUUAUGAAAAAAUAUUCAUAUCUUAUUGUGUCAUUAAUUCCUAACCUUAUCUCCCCUCCCCUAAAAAUUUAUGUGCUCCUGGCAAGAGGUAUUCUUUCAUUUAUGAGCAUCCCAAGAGGAUUCAGACAUGACAGUUCAAUUGUACUAUCUUUCAACAGGAAUAAAGUUUCUAGCAUUUCUGUGUGGAUACGAGAAUCAAGCAAUGAACGAACAUGUUCACAGUUCUUAUUUCUAGCCUUCUACCAGCUAAGAAUUUUACUACUGAUUUUUUAAAACUGUGAUAAAAUAUUUGUAAAAGAAAAUUUACCAUCUCAACCAUUUUUAAGUAUACAGUAACAUUAAAUAAAUUCAUAUUGUACAACUGUCAACCACCAUUCAUCAAAAAAAAAACUCAUCUUGUAAAACUAAAACUGUACUCAAACAACUCAUUCUCCUUUCCCCAGCUCCUGACAACUACCCUUCCACUUUCUUCCUCUGAACCUGACUAUUCCAGGUAUGAACCUUAUGAAUACGAUCACACAGGAUUUAUCUUUUUGUGACUGGCUUGUUUCAGUUAGCCAAGUUAAUCCAUGAUGUCCCACAUAUCAAAAUUUCCUACUCCAGGCUGCAUACUGCAGACUUCUAUAUGGGGAAAAACAACUCUAAGAGAUGCCUGCCUUAUCAGAGUACUUUAUUAAUAUCAUUUUAAACAUUACAUAAAUACCACUUGUAUACUAGAGUAUCAAACAUUGUUCCAGUAAGAAGUCCAAGAGUACAGUAGGGAUAUUUUAAGAAAUGUGAACACUUUGGCUUCCAUUAUUACAUCAAAUGAAAUAAAAAUCAAUUUAAAGAACA